AGCAUCAGCGCACCAAACAGCCUCAUUUGUAACCAAAGGUUAACCCAAGGAUUAACCUGAUUCAUAACGAUCUAACUGCAGGAUCUACUGCACCAGACGAGCACAAAUGGCUGCUGAAACAUUUGUGUUACUGUGGUGGACUUCACUGUCCCUCUGUCUCCUGGUGUCUGCCUCUGAAGAUCAGAAGAACAUCACAGCUGUUGCUGGACAGAAUGUCACUCUGCCGUGUAAAAGAUACCGGCCCAUCUCUAACAGAUUUGGUGUACAGUGGACCAGAUCUGAUCUGGAGCCAGAAUACAUCUUUUUUCAGCGUGGCAGGUUUCUUCUUUCAAACAUUGUGCAUCCAUCUUUUAAGAACAGGGUGGAGCUGAAGGACAGUAAGAUGAAGAACGGUGACGUGUCUUUGAUUCUGAAGAAUGUGACGAGUAAUGACACAGGAAGAUACGAGUGUCGAGUCUUUAAAAUACCAACUUGCUUUGGUAGUCCAACUUACCCCAUCAGCAUCAUCAACCUGGAUGUUCGUCAAUCAGGUAACACGACCGAAAACAUCUGGAUUGAAGAAAAUGAGGACGAAGGAAAUGAGUAUGGAGAGUACGAGUAUUGGGAUUAUGAGUUUAGAGGAAAGUAUGGAAAAAACAAGGAUGUAGGAAAUGAUGAUGGAGAAAACAAGUACGGACGAAAUGAGGACGGAGGAAACACUGUUAGAAUAAUCAAGGAUGAAGCAGAAACAUAUGAAGACAGCAGAGUAGUUGUUGGACUGGUUGCUGGUCUCUCAGUUGUUGCUGUGGUUGCUGUUGUUGUUGCAUUGGGGAUCUUCAUUUAUAAAAGACACAUGAAGAAGAAUCCUCACCUCCGUCCUGCUGAUGAAGCAGGUGACCAACUGCUGAUGUGAAACAUUAACAGUAAAUGGAAGAUGGAGUGCAGUAUAAAUCACUCUCCUGUCAUGUAUCGGUGUGUAACUGUGGGUUGUUGCUUCAGUCAUUAAUUCUCUCUCAUUAAUUACUCAUUAAUCUGGAACUAUGCUUCAUGUUAUCAGCAGCUGAAAUGUUUUAUACUGAUCUACUCUGGUGUUUUGUGUGUUGAUUAUUGAUGAUGUUCAUUUCAAUGACAGAAAUCAGUUCUGCUGUGAUUUGGUGAUCUGGUUUUUUAGAAUAAAAAUGGUGGGAAAGUCUUUUCUUUCAUCUGUUCGAUGCUUCGAGCUCCAAACUGAACUCAGA